AAACUUAAACGAAUGAAACUUUCAUCGUUGAUCAGUGUUGAGUGUUGUAUCGUGUCGUUAGUAUCACAUCACUUUGCCGUGAAACCUUUUGCCAGGUUUUUGCAUUCCCGAGCGUUCUUGCAGCUUUCAGGAUAGUGUAAAAAUUCAUGAUAAGUCUUGGUGCCACGAUGGAUAUUCAAAAAAGUGAGCCAAUUUCGGAUAAUUCGCCACCGAAUGGUAAUCCAAACGUUUUCGGCUCCAGUACCGCCACCAAAUCAAGGCUGGCGCGAGACAUCGAUUUCACCUCACCAAUAACAAGUAGACUAAAGCAGCUCGUCAACAACGAAUACCUCUCGGAUGUGGUCUUCAGAGUAGGCAAGGCUGGAGUGCUGAUUCACGCUCACAAAAUAAUCAUCACGCUGGGCAGCGAGGUGUUUUACGCUCAAAUAAAUGGACACUUUGCUGAGGCAAAAGCGAAUAAAGACUUUGCUCCAGUCAUCGUUACGGAUAUCGAGCCAGACAUAUUCACUGAAGUUCUGAAGCACAUCUAUUACGAGAAUGUAAACAUCACUGCCAGUAAUAUGCUGGACAUUUACUAUGCCUCGGAGAAAUAUUUGUUGGACAUUUUGAGUCUGAAGUGCCAGGAAGCAUUUUAUAAUAAAAUAAGUGAAAAGAAUGUCUUGGCAAUAUUUGAACACAACAGAAAAUACAAAUUUGACGUGGUUGAUAGAAUUUGCCUGGAGAUGAUUUGCGAUAAUCCACUCAAAUUCUUCAAGCAGAAAGGUUUCCUUGAGCUGAGCAAUGAAGGCCUAAUAAUGAUCACUGAUCGACCAGCUAUCAAUUGUCUGAAGGGUCAGCUGCAAGAAGUAAUUGAAUCAUGGGAAGGGGAAAACGGUCCUUCCAGUAUUGUACUCGACUCGAAGGAAGUAUUGUGUGAAAAAUUGCAUUUCUUCUCCGAGACCAGUUUCAGUACCAACGUAGAUACAUCGUUCCGUCUGACUGUGGAGUCGCCAGCCAAUCUAUACGGGAUGGGUGUCCUCGUCGGUGCAAAAUCGCAAAUAAAAACGCCUGCGGAAGUCGAAAUAAUCGUGAUGGUGGAAAAUAAACUGUUGGCUUCGAAAAAAGUUCCGAUCCUGAACAAUUUGCGCACAUACGACAUCAUGUUCGAGAAGCAAACUAUUGAUAAUUGCACCGUUCAGGUCACGAUCAAAAAGCCUUUGUACCUUGAGAAUGUCCAAUUGCUGCACUUCACCAAAUUUCAAUUAAUUUCGACUGACAUACAGAAUAAAUGCAAGAUCACGUGUUGUUCUGAUGGAUAUCAACAGAACUGUUCGACAGAAUACCAUUACUGCAGUUAUGGCAGCAGCAUUGUUGUUAAUUGUGUGUCAUAUUUGAUGUGUCAGGCUAUGGACGACCAGAUUUCCCAGUAGGAACAGCAACUACUAUUUGUUGACCAACAUUUGCAACAUUUGAAAAGGGCUGUUACGCCCUUUUCAAAUGUUGGUCUAGCUUUAUUCUCUGUUAGUUAAGUGUUGAUAAAAACUAAGCGAGAUUUGUUGAUUUUUUAUAAAUUAAACAACUGUUUAUGAAGAGAAUAUCAAUAAAUUAUAUAAGGAAUGGAUUUGGCAAUUUACAAAUAAA